AUGCAAGAGAAGCUGAGCGUGGCUGAGGGCCUGCUGAAGCGCUGUCCUACGUGCUUGAACAACUUCCGCAAGCACCUGUGUGGAAUGACGUGCGAUCCACAUCAGAGCCGCUUUAUGGAACCAGCGUCUACGAAAAUAAAUGAAGAAACUCAACAAGAGUACAUCGACAAACUGAUUGUAUACCUCUCAAAAGAUUAUAUGGAAGGAACGUUUAACUCUUGCCGUCAAGUUUUGAUGCCUUCGAGUGGUGUUCCCGCACUUGAAGCCAUGUGUGGUAGUUUCGGUGCCGCUGGAUGUACUUACGAUAGAUGGUUCGCAUACAUGGGAGAUGAAGACACUCCGUUAGUACCUUUCCCGAUCGUUUAUAACGAGACUGCACCAGAUGGAAUGGAACUAUAUAAUCCAGACGUACUUCCGUGCAAUCAGUCGUAUGAGAACAACUACGCCUGCAGCUGCGCCGACUGUGAGGAGAGCUGUCCCGCAGACAUAACUGUUAUAGACACAGGAGAGACGAAUGAGGAAUUCAAAAUUGGAGAAGCCGACGGCGUCCUCGUUAUAAUGGCAAUAAUAUAUGGAAUUUUCGCAAUUGGUUUUCUCAUCUCUGUGAUAUUUGUUCCUCAAAGUGACACAGGUGGUUUACCUCCAUCACUCAUCUACAAGCUUUUCUUCGGAGGCAUCCCAUUAUUCCAGACGACGUUAAGCAAACUGUUUAGAAAACUGGGCUUAGUAUUUGCCUCAUAUCCAGGAGCAACAAUAUGCUUAACAUCCUGGGCAGUUGUUGGCAUGAGCUAUGGCGCAUUGUCGUUGAUCGUCACGACUGACCGCAUAGAGCUAUGGGCUUCUCCGACAAGUCAAUCGAGGAUCGAAAAAGAUUACUUUGACACUCAUUUCGGGCCCUUCUACAGAACUGAACAAGUGUUCAUCAAGGCUCACGGUCUGGACAAUAUUAUGUACGAAAGCGGUAUGCAACGUGUGGAAUUCGGGCCAGUUUUCAAUAAAACUUUUCUGUUAACUGUCCUCGAUUUGCAACAACAGAUAAUUCAGAUCGGAGCUGGAGAAAGCUACGAGCUGAAGAAUAUCUGUAAUGCACCACUGGCGACGGGUGAAGUGAAAACAGAAGACUGCCUUGUGCAAAGUAUUUGGGGCUAUCUGAAAAACAAUGCAAGUUUGUUAGAAGAUGAUUCCUACUUGAGCAUAUUGUUAACGUGCAUGCAGAACAACGUUGAUUUUAGCUGUUUGGGCCCUUACGGCGGGCCCAUUUUCGCUGGUUUGGCACUUGGCGGUUUUCCGGAAGAUGCAAACGUUAAUUACUCAAAGUAUGCGUUGUCAACAGGUCUCUCACUGACAUUUUUGGUCAACAAUCACUUGGAUAAGACAGAUCUACAACCGGCUCUUGAAUGGGAAUCUAGGUUCAUCCAGUUUUUGAAAGAAUGGUCGGAGACAAAGAUGCCCUCCUUCAUGUCAAUUGCUUUUUCGGCUGAACGGUCAAUAGAAGACGAGCUCGCGCGUGAAUCUGAAGCAGAAAUAGCAACUGUUGUUAUCAGCUAUGCUGUGAUGUUUUUGUAUAUCACACUUGCCAUUGGACGGUAUAGAUCUUUCAAAACAAUACUGAUUGAUGGAAAAUUUACUCUGGGAGUAAGCGGAAUAGUCGUAGUACUUAUGUCAGUAUUAUCAUCUCUUGGGAUAUUUGGAUAUGCCGGAGUUCCAACAACAUUAUUAACAAUUGAGGUCAUUCCUUUCCUUGUACUGGCCAUUGGAGUUGACAACAUAUUCAUCCUAGUACAGACACAUCAGCGUAAUCCGAGACAAAAAACUGAAAGCCAUGAGGAACAUGUUGCACGGACACUGGGUACAGUUGGACCCAGUAUGCUACUCACAAGUUUAUCAGAGACAUGCUGCUUUCUUAUAGGUGCUCUGUCAAACAUGCCUGCUGUCAAUACGUUUGCUCUUUAUGCAUCUGUAGCUACAAUACUAAAUUUCAUUUUCCAAAUAACAUGCUUUGUAAGCAUUAUGACUUUGGAUGAUAAACGACAGUCAGAUAACAGAUAUGAUGUUUGCUGCUGUGUUAAGUCAGAAAAGGCAGUUGAUGAUACACCUUCUGAAGACUUUCUGUACCUGUUAUUCAAGUCAUAUUACAGUAAAUUUCUCCUCAAUCGCUUUAUAAAAAUAGUGGUUGUUCUCCUAUUUUUAUUCUGGCUGUGUUCAAGUUUAGUGCUAAUACCACGCAUUGAGGCUGGAUUAGACCAAGAAAUUGCAGUGCCAACAGAUUCAUAUGUCCGAUCAUAUUUUGAGUACAUGAAAGAUGUUCUCUCCAUGGGUCCAAAUGUAUAUUUUGUAGUUAAAAGUGGUCUGAACUACAGUAAUGAGAAUGUUCAAAAUUUGUUCUGUGGUGGCCUGAACUGCUAUGCUGACUCCCUAACAACUCAAAUUACUCGUGCUUCAAAGUUACCAGACAGAUCAUACAUAACUACAAGUGCGUCAUCAUGGCUUGAUGAUUAUUUUGACUGGAUAAACUCUGGCAACUGCUGUCAAGAUGAUAAAGGCACAGAAUGUUCUGAAACACCAAGACCAACACCGAAGGAUUUUGAAACGUAUUUACCACAGUUUUUGCUAGCAAAUCCUUCACAAGAAUGUUCUAAGGGAGGACACGCAGCAUAUGCAGAGGGCUUGAAUUAUGUUUUGAAUAAAGAUGGUCUGGCAAUUGCCAUGGACAGUUACUUCAUGACUUAUCACACUGUUCUGAGAACUUCUGAGGAGUACACAAAUGCUCUGAGAUCAGCAAGAGAAAUAGCUAGUAGUAUUACUACAAUGUUACAGAGUUAUCUAAGACAUAUAUCAAGUGUUUCAAAUGUUGAAGUGUUUCCAUACAGUGUCUUCUAUGUGUUUUAUGAGCAGUAUCUCACAAUUACAGGAGAUACAAUAAACUCUGUUGGCUACUCUUUAUCAGCAGUGUUCAUAGUGUCAUUUAUUCUCAUGGGCUUUAACAUAUUCUCAUCUGUCAUCAUACUCAUUAUGGUUACCAUGAUUGUGACUAACCUCGCUGCUUUCAUGGUAUGGUGGGAUGUACCACUAAAUGCAGUCUCCCUUGUAAAUCUUGUUGUUGGUGUUGGUAUAGCUGUGGAAUUCUGCAGUCACAUUGUACGGGCUUACACUGUUUCCACUCUUUCAGGGAGCAAUAAACGAGCAGCAGAUGCUCUUACUAAGAUUGGCAGCUCAGUACUGUCAGGAAUCACGCUGACAAAAAUUGUUGGUAUUUUUGUGCUGGCUUUUGCUAAGACUGAGAUCUUCCAAAUCUUCUAUUUCCGAAUGUAUCUUGGAAUCGUGCUGAUAGGAGCAACACAUGGGCUGAUUUUUCUUCCAGUGUUGCUUAGCUAUAUUGCCGCUACCGUGGCACCUCCGGCUCCGACGACGGUUUUACCGAUCACCUACGCAUCGGCACUCUCUUCUCCUCCCACCGGCCGUCGCCCGUCGGAACAUGUACCGGUGACCCUUCCAGCUGCUACGGAUACCGCCGGGGCCGACACGUCGCGCUCACAGCCUGACGCUACUCCGGAGCCACUACCAACAGCGACGACUUCGGACCCCCACCCGCCCGACCAUAUGGACGCCCCUUCAUUUGACGUUGCCGCGACGGCCUUCCUCCCAGAGCGACGCGACUCCCUUCCGUCUUCAGACACUGAGGGACGAACCUGCAAACAACGUUCACCUAAGAGGCGCAAGAGGAGGCGCCGUACGGUCUCGGAAAGAGACGGAUCGCCUCCCCCUGUUGCUCCAGAGUCCGUCCGACCAGACGAGGCCACGGAGAACCUGCAUGACGAUACGAAUGACGACAUCAUGACGCCGACUACGGCUGUGUCGAUGCCUACUCUACAGGCUCGCCCAGGUGCUCCUGAACCAAUGGAUUCCACCGCUGCGACUGCCGACGAGAUGUCCUCCUUCAAUGGUGUGGAGUGA